AUGAUUUUCAAUAAAAAAAUUUAUCCUCCGUUAAAGAGAAUACAAGAAAAAAAAACAACCACAUAAACAACUUAUUUCAGCGAAAUCAUUUAAGUUGCUCAAUAAAUCAUGUUAGCCAUAAUGAUUAAAAAAAAAAUGAUUGUAAGGUUAUUUAAAAACAAUAAAUUAUUAAAUUUAGAAGAGAGUUAUGAGGGAAAUAAUACAAAUGAAUUUGAUGAUUCUCUAUUGAGGUAAUUGUAGAUUUGUGUAUUUGAUGAUAAAACAAUUUUAUUCAUUCAAAUUUAAAUCAUUUCACCUCAUUAAGAAAUUUUAACUUCUUAAAAUGUAUAAUUAUUAUAUAUCAAUAGAGAAUAGAUCUUAUCUUUAACUACAAAUUAUCAUAAUUGAAUUCCAAUAAUCAUGAUAUUAUCUUUUAUACAGACAUGGAUUAAAUUAUGGUAAAAAACUAGAUCUAUUUACCAAGUUUAAUAACUUUAAGUUAAAUGAAAAAAGAAGAAUUAAAUGAAAUAAUUUCUUAGGUUCUUUCAAAGUAUGAUGAAAUAGAAUAAACGAUUAUGUAAUAAAAAGAUAAAUUAUUCUCUUUGUUAGAAUUAGAUAAUUUUUAUAUUGAAAUUUAUUUUCAAGAUCAUUUACCUUCAUUUAAAAAAUUCUAAAAUGAUAACGACAAACCUUAAAUUGAAAAUGAAUAAAAAAUAACAAUUGUUUUCGCUAGAAAAUGUGAAUUUAAUAAUGAUUAAAUAUCUGUUGAAAAUGAAAAUUAUCUAAAUAAAUAAAACCUAAAUUAGAAAGAAUAAAACAUAAUCAACAAUUUGCAAAAUCCUUUACUCUAACAAAAUUAAUUCUAAGUAAACGUUUAUUGCAUAGAACUUAAAGCUCCUUAAUAAACUAAUAAUUUACUAAUAAAAGCACUAGAUGGAUAAUUACUACAAGAAUUCUUAAAAACUUAAACAUUUUAAGAAAAUACUAAUGAAUUUGAAAUAAAUUAAAAUUAAAUUUACGUUCCUGAAGAAGAUCCAAAUUAAAAAAAUGUUUUAAAAGAAAAAUUACCUGAAAUACAAAUAUCAGUCUAAAAAAAAAUAUAAAUUUUACAAGAUGUCAUUCUGAUUAUAUCAAAUCAGCAAUAAUUGCUAUAAAAUUCAAAUUUUAAAGGAAAAUUAUCAGUCAUCUCGAUGAUUAGAUUUUGUAAUGAAUUGGGGGCUAGACCAAUAAUAAUUAUGAAAAAAAAAGAAAAGAAACUCAUAGACAUAGAAGAAAAUCGAAAGCAUUGCAAUAUAAUAAUUAAAAAUUUCAUUAAUGUACUCUUUUUUUCAGAUGAAUAUUAAUCAAAGGUUAAACCUAUAGAAGAUAUAUGUGGAGAAUUUUUGAGAAAUUUAUCAUAAUGCAAGGAUUUUCCAGACUAUUUUGAAAUUUAGAUUAAAUUGGAAAAAUUAAUUUAUUUUAUUAAUUAAAUAUAUUGUGUGAACCUUUGA